GAAGCUAUCUCUGAAGGUCUUAAGUCUUUUCCAGACGUCGAGGAACUGAAGCCUGAGGAGGUUUUAAUCGUUGAGAAUGUUGUCCUUAAAAAGGACGUGUUUGCAGCUUUGCCCACCGGAUUCGGUAAAAGCCUGACUUUUCAGAUCUUACCUAGCGUUUGUAAAGCUUUAUUUUGCCGGGGAUUUGACAUGCCUUCAUUGCCAGUGGUAAUUGUGGUUUCCCCUUUAAGCUCAAUCGUGAAAGACCAGGUUACAUACUUGAGGUCACACGGCUUUGAAGCUGCCUUCAUUGGAGAAAGUGCUAAACAAGAUAAUGAUAUUUUUGAGGGCAAGAUUAAAUGUCACUUUUUAUAUGGAAGUCCAGAGUCAUUUGUUGGGGACAUAAAGUUCCGGGAAAUGUUUUCACAGCAGCAUUACAGGCAGAAUGUUGUGGCCGUUGUCUGUGACGAAGUUCACACUGUGGUACACUGGUAA